AUAGGCCGAGGAUUAGAUGUCACGUACCAGCUGGUGUCAAAAACCUGUCCCUUGAUGAUCUCUCGUAAGCACUGUAUUUUCCAGCAAAAUGCGGACGGGCAGUGGACUGUCAAGGAUAACAAGAGUCUAAAUGGAGUCUGGCUUAACAAACAACGUCUGGAUCCCUCAAAAGCCUAUCCUAUCGCUGAAGGAGACCGUAUCCAGUUGGGAGUGCCUUUGGAAAACAAAGAGACUGCUGAAUAUGAGUAUGAAGUAAUUAAAGAUGAAUGGGAGAAAAUCAGACCCUUCUUAGCCCAAAGGAAUGACCUGGGGAAAGCUAAGAGUUCAAGAACUAAACGUAAAUUUGUUUUGGAGGAAUUGGAAACGUCUGGAUCAGAAGGCCCUUCAAACUCCAGAUCCAAAAAAGACCGAGUGUCCUGUGGAAAUGAACCUUUGGGUAAAUCGUGGGAAAGGGUAGAAGAGGCCAGACAGUUAACAGCAAAGACGGAUGUCAAGCUGCCUUCUCCUGGACCAAGUGAGGAGGGUAGCGCUCUGGUGCGUAGUAGCCCUGCGCACUCCAAGAAAGCCGUGUCUGUCCUCCAUAAGGGCCAGAAAGGCCCCAGUCUUGCACUGUCAUGGACUGGCUUGGAAAAGCUGAGGAAAACUCUAGCAGAUAUAAUGAAGUUAAAGAUGCAGGUGCAGGAGAAGCAGACAGCUGUUCUGAGUGUGAAGCAGAAGCGCAGGAAGUGUGCUCAGAGGGAUGCCCUGGCAAUGGAGCAGGAGCUGCAGGAGUUGCAGGACCAGCUGCGCAUGGAACAAGAGCAUCAUCAGCAGCAGGUGGAAGAGCUGGAGAGGACGUUAUCUGAACAGCAGCAGAAGCUAGAGGGAGUAAAGUGGCAACACGGGGAGGAGAAUUUGAAGGAGCAAUUGGCCCACGUCCUGCAAGAGCAUCAUGCUUUGAUGGAAGAACUGAGACGCAGUAAAAAAGAUUUUGAGGAGAUCAUUCGAGCCAAGAAUAAAGAACUGGAAGAAACCAAGGAGGAGAAGGAAAAGGUGAGAGCCCAGAAGGAAGAGGUGUUGAAUCAGAUGAAUGACGUGCUGGAGAAUGAGUUGCAGUGCACAAUCUGUUCGGAGCACUUCAUCGAGGCCGUCACUCUGAACUGUGCGCACAGCUUCUGCUCCUACUGCAUCAACGAGUGGACGAAACGUAAAGUGGAGUGCCCUAUCUGCAGGCAGGAGAUCAAAUCAAAGACGCGCUCUCUGGUUCUGGACAACUGCAUUGACAGGAUGGUAGAAAAACUGGAUGUGGAAAUGAAAGAGCAUCGCCUGACCCUUAUCAGAGAGCGGAAAGAGAAACAGAGUGUGUUGGUGAGCCCAGCCGCGGACAAUGACACCAGUGUCGUUUCUUCCAUCUAUUCCAACUUGAGCAGUUGUGACAGCGAGGACUCUGAGGAGGAUUCUUACUAUUAGGAAAGCUACCACGUUACCUAAACACUGUUCCUGCAGACUCGUUUGCCUGUGUGCUGCCCAGAACCGACCUCACGGUGCUUGUUUGACUACUGCCAGAUGAGUGGACUGGGCAGGAAAGAUUCCAUGAAGAGGCUGGAGCUG